UCGGUGGAUGUGGGAGCGGUGCGGCACAGCGGCCGGUGUGAGGGGACAACUCUCUCCUCCUCCUGGGUAAUUACUGCACAGGAAAUUGGACAUGAAACGCUCCUCACGUACCCGAAGUGAGUUAUGGACGGAGCCUACAGUAGUGAAGCAAAUUAAAACAAGUGAAUCCAAUUUCUGUUUAUGGAAAGCAGCUGCCCAAGCAGCGCAUGCCGGUGGAGGACAUUAAGCUGUGGCUCGACAUAGGAAUGCUCUGACAGCCAGUGAGCAGGGAAGCUGCGCUGACCCGAGGAGAGAUGUUGUCCAGCGGGGAGUGACGCGUGAGCCAUGAAUGCGGUGAUAUGCCCCGAGAUCCGCAGCAGCAGAUCAGAGGACAGGCAGUGUCCCGGACACCCGCAGGGUUCCGCACAGGGUCAUGCAGAUACGCGACAGCUGACGGAGAGGAGAAACCACGUAUUAAAGAAACAGCCUCCGUCAGCAGAGGGCAAGAAUGUCCUACAGUUAAGACUUCAGCAGAGGAGGACACGAGAGCAGCUGGCAGACCAAGGCAUCAUGCCUCACCCGGCCUCGGCCGGCUCCUCUGUGGAGGCCCAGCUCAGGCUAAAGCGAGCCCGGCUCGCCGAGGAGCUGAAUGAGAAGCUGGCCCUCAGGCCGGGGCCCCUGGAGCUGGUCCACAAGAAUAUCAUUCCCCUCGACUCUGGCGACACAGUGACAGUAAACCAUGGCAAGUUCCCCAAGCAGGAGGACUCGUACGCGUUCGAGGAGGACAGCAGCAGCGAGAGUCUGUCCCCAGAGCAGCACCACAGUGACGAGUCGCAGGGCUCAGCCUGCCCUUCGUCCGAGGCCGUGGGCAGCGCGCCCUCCUCCUCGUCCUCCCCUGCCCUCACCAGCCCGCGACAGGGCGGUGCAACCAGAGACCCACCUGACCAAAGCCACGAUGAAGGGCUGUCCGGUGCCAACAACAGCCUGGCUACUCCUCCCAUACCUGUUCCUGCUAUUGUCAAGUCCAAGACGUCAGACAAGAACCGACACAAGAAACCCAAAGAUGUGAAGCCCAAAGUGAAGAAGCUCAAGUACCACCAGUACAUUCCCCCGGACCAGAAGGCGGAGAAGUCCCCUCCGCCCAUGGACUCGGCCUACGCCCGACUCCUGCAGCAGCAGCAGCUCUUCCUGCAGCUGCAGAUCCUGAGCCAGCAGAAACACUCGCACGCACACCCGCAGCAGCCGCAGCCGCCGCAGCAGCACGCACACACUCCGCAGGCCCCGGCCCAGCAGAGGCAGCCCGCGUUCAGCUACCAGCCUCACCCAACAGCCCAGCCCCAUAAAGGAUCCAGUGAGCAGAUAUCAGCCUGUGGCUCCAGUGGCCCGUCCAGCACAGUCAACAGUAACUCCUCCUCUCCGGUCAAGAGCACAUAUGCCAACCAAAGUAACAUCUCACCAGUCAAACCUGGGCCCCUGCCAGCCAAUCUAGAUGACCUGAAAGUUUCGGAGCUCAGGCAGCACCUGCGCAUUCGCGGCAUGCCAGUCUCCGGUACGAAGACCGCCCUCAUAGAGCGACUCCGGCCCUUCAAGGACUCCCACGCCGGCUCCUCGCCCUCAGGCUCCUCCGACAUCACCACGGUGACCUUCCCUGUCACACCCACCGGGUCCCUGUCCUCCUACCAGUCCCCGUCUUCCUCCAGUGCCCUGUCUCAGGGAGGCUACUACCCUUACCCCAGCACCUCAUCCACCCCGCCCAUCUCCCCGGCCUCGUCGGAGCUCUCCCUCAGCGGCUCGCUCCCGGACAGCUUCAGCGACGUGCCCAUGUCCUCGCCGACACAGUUCGCCCUGCAGCCGUCCCCGGCCCAGCUCGGCAUGGAGGACGGCCUGGGAGGGGUCAACCCGGCCAGUGCAGGCCAGGAAGGUGGAUUCAUGGAUGGCCUGGAUGCUGAAAAGGAUAAAAUGCUGGUGGAAAAGCAGAAGGUGAUUGAGGAGCUGACGUGGAAGCUGCACCAGGAGCAGAGACAGGUGGAAGAGCUGAAGAUGCAGCUCCACAAGAGGAAACGCUGCUACGGAGCGACACAGGACACCGUCCCUCCUCCAUCUCACCCCUCCAUGCACCACCAGCACACUCCCGCCAUGAUGGGACAGCCCUUCUUCGGGGUGACCAUAAAGCAGGAGCCCAUGUCCCUGUCCUCCAGCUGCCCUCUGUCCUCUCCCAAGCAGCUCAAGAGCCCUUCUGGCAGCUGCAUGGAAGAUAUGGGGCAAUGCAACGCUGCCGUCUCAAAUCUGGGGGGCCCCGUUGGGCCACAAUGCAUGGACACAGCCGCUUCCUCUGGCAGCCCCUCCGCCAUGUCCGCUUUCAUCAGUGCACAGUGCUCACCGCAAGACUCUCCCAAUGGGAAGCCCUCCAGUAGUCCCCAACCACCGUCUCCCAAUAACCCCUACCUGCUCUCCCCACCUCCGCUGGGGAGGGACAGCUGCGGUCACCUCUUCACCACGGGCAACACCAGAGUGCGCAGCAUGCAGAUCCAGCAGAAGUGUGGUGGCCCGGCGGCGAACUGUUCCUACACCUCUGACCAAAGAGGCCUUCAGGCGGACUUUCCCAACUCGGUUGACUGCGGCCUCAACCACAGCAGCUCAGCCAAGGCCGGCAGCCAGAAUGUGCCGCCAAAGAUGUCAGUAUUGCCCUCUCCUCGCCAUGUUGGCCAAAAAAGCCAGGUCGCUUCCCCUGCCUUCAGUAGCUCAGAUUCAGAUGCAUCUGACUUAAGACAGCCCCCAUGCUAUGAGGAUGCAGUGAAGCAGCAACUGACCAGAAGUCAACAGAUGGAUGAACUUUUGGAUGUGCUCAUAGAGAGUGGAGAGAUGCCAGCUAACGCCAGGGAAGAGAGGGAGAGGUCCUCUGUAACCAAAGUUGUGCCUCACGUUACUGUGUCCCCAGGGUAUCCCGGCCUACUCGUCCCGAGGUGCCACCGUCACUAUGAGCACCUGUACCCCGCCCAGCCCCCCUACGGCCACUCGGCCAACCACAUCACCGAGAGCCACUUGGAGACUCUGCUGGGGAGUCCGGCCGGCCGGGGCGGGGAGCUGGCCCUUCUUAAAAUGGCUACGGAGGACGGGGGCCUGGACGACGAAGGAUACCGAGAGGGCGAAGGGUACGGCAGCCCCCACAACCACCACCGCCACCCUCACCACCCCCCACAGGAGAAGCUUGUGCCCAACAGAGAUCAGAUGGACACGCCUCUGUCGCCCAUCUGUGCCAAGGUGUCCGCCUUCCCCGAGGUGCAGGGGAUGGUCAGCGAGACGCCGUGGGAGACGAUGGAGUGGCUGGACCUGAUGCCACCCAGCUCAGCCAGUGUCCCUCCGCCCAGUGGCCCCAGCAUCUUUAACUCAGAGUUCCUGGAUGACACAGACAUUAACUUGAACUCGGCUAUGGACCUCCCCCUAGAGCACUGGUGAGAGCAACAGCUCACGUGUGCUGGCGGACGAAAAAGCAAAGCCAUUAGCCGUCACACACAAGACACCAGCUUAAGGGUAUCUGUGUGGAGCGCUGAUAUCAGCUCAGAGCAUACCAAAGAACAAUCGAAUUCAGCAAGUACUAGAAUUUGCUUCUUGUUAUAAUACAGUGGGAUGAGUAGACCAUUAGCCUACAGCCAAAGAUUGAGGGCUCAGUCAGAAGUUGAACUACAUAAUUAUAUUUUUGACCUGUUUUCUCAAUUUCCUCGAAAAUGAGAUUCGUACGCUGUUGUCAGACCCAGAAUCCAAAGACAAGAUGCUUUUUGACAUGAUCGCUCCCCUUUUUGGACGCGAUGUGCACAACUGCCAAGAAGGUAUCACAGUGGGCACAUGAAGGAUUUUUCUAGAUAAUUGGGGGGAGUAUGAUUACAGUGCUUUAUACCAACACUUUCUGCAAUAUCAGUGUUAUGCCACCUAGACUUGAAGACACAUUUUGACAAUCAUUGUAUACUUUCUGAGUCUAUGUUUGUAUUACUGGAAAAAAAAAAAUGCAAGGAAUUACAAGGUGAAUUAGAUCGCUCGGUACGGCCAUUUUGUAAAUAUCAUAACUAUCUGCACUGACAAGUUGACAUCUGCAUAUUUUGUCAGCGGUGUGGAAAAAAGGAUACAAACCACAAAUCAAGUGUAUGUUAUUAAUUCCUUAUUUGAUGUAAAUAUGACCAAAAGAAAAUCUCACUGUGCACCUCUAGCUUUAUACACAUUUGUCACUGUUUGCUUGAAUGUAGUAUUUGUGUAGAAGUGUUUGUCAUUCCUUUGAAGGUCCAUUUUUUUUUAUACAAGUUUCUUUUCACUAUUUGGCCUAUUUAUCCACAGGACAACAUGAUGGAGAGAAAUGAAUGUCUUUGAAAACCUUUGGUCUUAUCGCUUUAAUCGGCAGACAAACUGUGCCUUAUUUGCAACGGCUUUUUAUUAUAUCAUUUUUAUACCUAUUUCCCCUUUACAAAUUUAUAUUCCCUGAAAACCAUUGACAGAUAUUAUUUUUAUUAUUAUUGAAAGCUCCAACAUAAGUCAGUUUUAUUUUAGCUGCAAAAUCCAAAGAAUGUUAAUGAAAAAUACAACUUCAUCUCUAUUUUAAAGUACCUUUUUUUUUUUUUUUUAAAUCACCCUUUCUAUCUCCAGACCAAUCACAGUUAUUUAUUUUGUGUUUUUAUAUUUAUGCUACCUGUAUUUAUACUGGCAUUCCUUUCUAAUAGAUCGGGGUUCUUUUACGAUUUACCGGAAAUCUCCAGUGCUACCAAACUGACCACAGGCGAUUUUCUCCGUAAACCGACUCUCUUAAAAAAUGUGAUGCAAAGCCAAGGAACCACUUUGAAAAGCCAUGCUUCCUGAAAAACACUUUUUUCCUUAAAGACUCAUGUGAAGCAGAAAAUGCCCAUUAUUAGCACUUGUGAAUAGGAAAAUGUAAUAUAUUCAGACCUUUACUGUGAAUACUGCAUAUAACACAGCACGAACAUGUACCCGGGGGGGGGGGGGGGGGCUAAACACACAGUAGUUAUUCAAAUCACCUUAGUUAAACCUUAGUUCUGGUCAGUAAUUGUCUAUUUUUCACACGUGUAAAAGAACAUGUAGUCAGUUUUACAUUUUGAGAUGUACACUUAUGAGGCUGGGGUGAGUCUUCUCAUCUAACUCUCCGCAAAGAAAAGUGAACUAGCGUCGUUUCCCAGAAUGUCACACUAUCUAACUGCAUACAUACAUGUCUUUCAUUUAGUCAUGUCCUCUGUAAACAUGGGUCUCACUUUGUGUUCUGUUUUGACCAAUUAUUGCUUUUUCCUCUGUUACUUGUUAAGUGUUGCACUUAUUAAAAUGGGUUAUAUGGUUACCUGUGGGCUUAUUAAUGCCCACCUUGAGUAUAAGACAAAGCUGAUUCUCUUCCUGUUGUAAGAAUAUCCACUGGCCUUUAAAAAAAAAAAAUUUUUUUUUAUCUGGGUUCAUUUCACAAUAAUUUUCCCUAAUCAACCAAAUAAAAAGACACGUCUGACAGAAGCUUCCAUGUUGCUUGGCCACUGACUUGCUUUAAUAUUGUAAAAGCAAAUUGCCUGCAUCUCUGUAUACUACAGAAAGAAAAGCAAUAAACUUAUCACAGCAAAAAUCA